CGCACAUGGCUCGUGUUUCGAAAAGGACCUGCACUUAGAGCCGUCCGAGAAAAAAGGAAGCUCUUCGAAUUUUCGACAGGUUUUCAUCUGGACAAGAUGAAGCCUCGUCACAAUAAUCAGUUGGCACACUCGUUGCCUCAGCUGCAAAAUCUCGUGAAACGGGAUCCGCCUUCGUAUAAGGAUGAGGUCCGCCAGCAGUAUUCGCAUUAUCGAACGCUCUACGCGCAGCCAUCGGAAUACACCUCGGAUAAAUUUGAAGAGCUCAUCAUGUUCCUGGCAAAUGUUUGCAAGCAUUACGACUUCAAGGAUCAGUUCAUUCAAGAUUGCAUGGAACUCUUGAAGAGCCAAGCCCACGUGCUGACGGCUGAUACGAGACUCUGCAUCUGUCGCGCGCUGAUCAUGAUGAGAAACAAGGGGCUGCUCGAACCUCUGCCCCUGUUGGAGCUUUACUUCGGCAUGUUCAGAGUGAAAUUCGAUAAGAAUCUCCGGGAAUUCCUCAAGCAGCACAUAAUCGCCGACAUAAAGAACACAAAUCAAAAGACGAAAUCGACAAAGCUCAACAACACCCUGCAAAACUUCAUGUUCACGGUGUUGAAGGACAGCGAUACACAGGCUGCGAAGCAGUCCUUGGAUUGCGUGGUUGCUCUCUAUCAGAAGCAGGUAUGGAACGAUGCGAAAACCGUGAAUGUGAUCGCGACCGCGUGCUUCCACCCCGAAGUCAAAGUUAUGGCAACGGCGGUGAAGUUCUUUCUCGGCUGUGAUGAGGAACCUCAACAGAACGACUCCGACUCGGACAGUGAUUCCGACGCUCCUGAUCUCAAGGACGCCUUGAUGACGCACAAGAUCAACAAGAAGUCCCGGAAACGCCAACGCUGGUUGGAGAACAUCAAGAAGAAAGCGAAGAAAGCCAAGAAAUCAGACAAAGCUCCCAGUUUCAACUUCUCCGCGCUCCACUUGAUACACGAUCCGCAGACUAUGGCUGAGAAACUUCUGAAGAGAUUGGAGAAACUCAAUGAGCGAUUCGAGGUCAAGUUGAUGAUUUUGAACCUCAUCUCGAGGCUAAUCGGAGUCCAUCAACUCAUUUUGUUCAACUUCUAUCCCAUAAUUCUGAGGUACGUCCAGCCUCAUCAGAGAGAGGUGACGAAACUGCUCCAAUACGCCGCCCAGGCCUGUCAUGAAUUGGUUCCUCCGGACAUACUCGAGCCCGUGGUCAAAGCCGUGGCGAAUAAUUUCGUCAGUGAGCGGAAUUCUGUCGAGGUCAUGACGGUAGGUUUGAACGCGAUCAGGGAAAUCUGCUCGCGCGCUCCCCUGGCUAUCGGUGAAGACCUUCUGCAAGAUCUUGUCAUGUACCGGACUUUCCGAGACAAGAAUGUCAGCACUGCUGCACGGAGCAUCGUCGCUCUCUACAGACAGGUGAACCCUGAGCUCUUGAAGAGGAAGUACAGGGCAAGGCCCACCGCAGAGCAGCAAGAGACCAUACACCUGAAGAAGUAUGGACAGACGGUUGCUGCAGAUUUCGUGUCAGGAGCGGAAGUACUGAACGAAGACUCUGGGAAUGAUGAAGACGACUCUGACGAAGAGCAACCUAACGAUAGCGAGGAUGGCGAAUGGAUUGACGUGAGCCACAGCGAGGACGAAGCGCCAGCUGAGAGGCCGGAAGAGGACGACGAGAAUGACGAUUGUGAGGAAUCGGACGAAGAGGAGGAUGUCGAAUACGAUGAUGAAGAAGGCGAUUGUGGCGAGGAUGACGAGGCUGGAGACGAAGCAGACGGACCCGCUCGGAAGAAGCUCAGAAAGGAAGGGGCCGAUGAGAACACGCCCGUAUUGAGUCUCGAGGAACGACGGGAGAAGGCCAAGAUGAUCUCUUCGACGAGGAUCCUUUCGCAAAAGGAAUUCCAGAAAGUUCGAGCCGCGCAACUGGCGAAGAAAGUCAAUGUAGCUCUUCCUCGGAGAUUCGUGAAGAAGAAGAAUGGCACUCCAACCGAGACAGUCCUGGAUCCCGAGUCGGGUCUGAUCGUGGAUUCGGCGCUCCGGAAAGAGACCGUCGCUCUGAGAGACAUCGAGAAGUUGUCCAAGAACCUCAAAAACGACAAGGCCGCUCGGCUAGCGUCGAUUCAAGCGGGUCGAGAAGGACGCGAGAAAUAUGGAGGGUACAAGCAGAAGAAGGCUGAAUACGCAUCGCUGAGUAACAAACAGAAACGCAAAACCAAGUCGUACAACAUGAUCAAGCAUAAGGCUAGAUCCAAGGUCAAGCGCAGCUUCCGGGACAAACAGCAAGCCCUGAAAGUUUCGCUCAAGAAGAUCAUCAAGCAUAAAUACUGAUUCUCUACGUUUGGAUGUACAUUUUGGGAGGUUGGGUGCGAGGCUUUUGUUGGCUGAGACUUGAUGACGCGGGGCAAUCCACUGACGUGACGUUGUCGAUAAUGUUGAUUUUGUACCUUAACGACGAAAACUGAUGAGGCUCCGUCAGUCACUCGUUCCGAAUAAACAAUCUUCUGCCGU